AUGGCCGAUAAUGAACCUUCGGGCCCUUUUCACGCCGGCCCUGGGACUGCGCACGAGAUAGGCGUCAUGGCUGGCUUCAUAGCCGCGUUCAUUAUCAUCACAGUUGUAUACCUAAUCAUCUGGAAAGUCUACAACAAGCGCUCCGAGGCCGGGGAAAUGCAGCGAAGACAUAUUUUAGCUGAGAAGACAAACCCAAGAAACACAAGAGUCAUGGAAGACAAGGCUGGGAAUAGGGUCAGUGCCGCAUACAGCGCUGCGCCCGGUUAUUGA